AUCUGACUCGCAGCCCUGGCUCUUAUUAUGCAGUGGGCCGGGCCCUUUGCGGCGAGCGGGAAAGCCAUCAAUGUUGUGCGCCCGUCAAAGGCCAACAUGUCCCUGGCCGCAUGAAACACGGCCCUCUCACUUCAGCCUGGGUCAGUGUGCACAUUUCACUCCUGUUCAAAGUCGACUCCCAUUCUGCUCUUUUCUCGCUCUACUCCACGCCCCGGCGCAUUAGACUGCUCCGCAAGGUCCCUGAUACGGUAUCGAUAACGUGCGAUUGGCGUUCCACCCCGCAAGCCCUCCCGACAGGUCUAGGAUAGACGCGUCGUCCAGUGCCUCCCGUGCACGUCAGGCUGCCAGCGCAUCAGACAGCCCAGCUCUUGCGCGAUAGCCGGCAUUCACGUCCCACAAAGACACCGCCGCCGCCUGUUUGCCCUCGGCCACUUGCCCGCCCAGCUCCCCGUCGUAGUCACACCACCACCGCCAACGGCCGUCUCAACACCACGCCAUGGCGCCAGGGCCCCAACUGCAGCGUCGGUACUCAGUCACGGGUCUGACGCCGCCUGAGGAUGUGCCCCAGGUCUCCAAGCAGCAGCACUCGCCCAAGCUGCAGGCGCUGGACACCAGCGUGCAGUCGCCCAGCUGCGGCUUCUGCGACCCGGGCGUCGACGCUGCGAAGGCGGGCGUGCAACAUAUCGAGGACGUCGAGGCAGUAACAACACAAGGCGGGGAUCGCGGCCGCAAGAUCUCGCACCACGCCGUGCGCCGCAUGGCUUCCAAGCGUUCCGCGACCCAAUUGCCAUCUCCGAACACGCCUACGACACACCAGCUCCCGUCUAAGAUCGCGAAGCAUGCUCUGGAGGUACCGGAAAUGCAUAUGGAUAUAGACAUGGUCAAUACAAUGGAGCUAGACGAGGGCGUGUUCACAGACCCCAUCUGGGACGACGUCGGCUCAAUGCGCAGCCAGGACUACGGCCGCUUACAACUCGACAUCCCGCCCUCCUCACCACUUACCGUGUCCUCCGGCCCACCAGAAGACGAAUCAAUUGUCGACCCCUUCAACCUCGACACCCCCGACGACACACCCUACGACUCCGGCGUCGAAAGCCUCGCCCUCACGCCUAUUCUCACCUCCUGCGCCCUCACCCCGUACAGCACAUCAUCGAGCACCUCAUCUGGUGCCCCAGACCCCAAAACCUUUCUCACCCUGCCCCCAGAGAUCCGUCACGAAAUUUACCUCCGCCUCCCCGACCUCAUCCACACCCAGCCCCUCAUCUACUGCCUCUCCACCUUCAACAACGCCAUGCAGCACCCACUCGCCUCGGUCAGCCGCCAGGUCCGCCAGGAGGCCCUCGCCAUCUUCUACUCCCAAAACACCUGGACCAUUAAGCUCGAGUUCACCCUAAUGUAUGAGGCCUUCCGCGACUGGAUCAUCCGGCUGGGCGACGGCGCGGGGCACCUCCGUCUUGUCACCAUCGCGGUCCGCGGGAAGUUAUUCAAGCCCGGGACCAGCCACGCGAGCAUCGCCGCGGGCCUGCAUACCAACGUCGCGGUGUUGCCCGGUGCACCGCCGUUUGCGCUGCAGGUCGAGCAGUACUGUCCGCCGGACGGGGACGCGUGUUUUGGGAUUGACUUGAGCGAGAAGUUUACCGGGGGGAGAAUAUGGAUUGUGAGGAACGAUGGGACGCGAGAGGCGGCGGAGACGGCGUUGAGGUGGUUGAGGGGGAAUGCUGGGGUGUUGUGGGAGAAGAGGAGGGAGAAGACGCUGAAUGGGCAGGAUUGGGUCGAUUUUGUGGAUGCGUUUUUGGCCUUUGUUCGAUGACUCUAACACAAUUUGAAAGCGAUACGAGAGGCUGGUGAGCAGAGGAGAUGGAGGACGAUCUUGACUGCAUUUUUGGAGGUGGACGAGGGAUACGGCCGGUUCGUUAUGGCAGAUUUUUCUGCUUUUCAUAUUCAUUUUGCACAGCGUCAUCUUGGGAGCAGCAUCUUCUGGCAAAAAAUCGGAUCUUGGGGCAUAUGGCGCAUUUUCAUGACAUGGAAAAUGGAGGUUUGCGUUUGCUAUUUUGUAAUGUAGACUCGGCCUUGGACGAGUGAUCGUUGUAAGGACUGUGAGGUUGUUGGAUGAGGUAAUAACCCUUCAGGAAUGAAUGGAUG